GACUAUUCUGCAUAAUAAGUGAUUCUGGAUUUUGUAUACAGGAUAAGCACCACCUUCCUAAUAUGGCAUAGACACCUUAUGCCCACUUAUGUCAAUUUAUGCCUACUUAUGCAGGUCUUAUCUAAUAUAUCAACCCCUCAUUCUUAUCUUAUCAGCGAACCGACUUCGGCGAGCCAAGGCCGCCCACCGCCCGCACCCGCACUUUGUCCCGCCAAUUUUUUAUCUACGCCGCCGUGACUCAACUCUUCUCUCCUCAAUUUAUCCAAUUCAACCAAUUCAUUCAAAAUGGGCAAGGGAACUCUCGUCUGCGCUUUUUCCGGUGGCCUCGACACCAGCAUCAUCCUCAAGUACCUCAUUGACGAUGGGUGGGAUGUUAUCUCUUUCACCGCCGAUGUUGGUCAGGAAGAGGACUUCGAUGCUAUCCGCGAGAAGGCCUUGAAGCUUGGUGCUAAGAAGGCUGAAGUUGUCGACCUGCGUCGGGAAUUCGUCGAUGAGCUUUGCUUCCCCGCCAUCGCCUGUAACGCCAUCUACGAGAACGUUUACCUUUUGGGAACUUCUCUUGCUCGCCCCGUCAUCGCUCGUGCUCAGAUUGAUAUCGCUAAGCGUGAGGGCGCCGUUGCCGUCUCUCACGGUUGCACCGGCAAGGGUAACGACCAGGUCCGUUUCGAGCUUGCUUUCUACGCCCUGAAGCCCGACAUCCAGGUCAUUGCCCCGUGGCGUGACCCCGUCUUCUACAACCGCUUCGCUGGUCGUAACGCCCUGCUCGACUAUGCCGCUGAGAAGGACAUCCCCGUCACCUCCACCAAGUCCAAGCCCUGGAGUAUGGACGAGAACCUGGCCCACUGCUCGUACGAGGCCGGUAUCCUGGAAGACCCCAACACCACUCCCCCUACCGACAUGUGGAAGUUGACUGUCGACCCUCUCAAGGCUCCUGAGCAGCCUGAGGACUUCAUCGUCCACUUUGAGAAGGGUAUCCCCGUCAAGCUCGAAUACACCGAGAACGGUCAGCAGAAGACCGUUACCGACUCUGUCGAGCUUUUCCUCACAGCCAACGCCAUUGCCCGUCGCAACGGUGUCGGUCGUAUUGACAUUGUUGAGAACCGUUUCAUCGGUAUCAAGUCUCGUGGCUGCUACGAGACCCCUGGUCUCACUCUUCUGCGCGCUGCUCACGUUGACCUCGAGGGUCUCGUUAUGGACCGUGAAGUCCGUGCUCUCCGUGACCAGUUUGUCACCGUCAACUACUCCAAGAUCCUGUACAACGGCCUCUACUUCUCCCCCGAGCGUGAGUUCCUCGAGUCCUCCAUCACCACCUCCCAGAAGAGCGUCAACGGCCAGGUCCGCUGCCGGGCCUACAAGGGCUGCGUCUCCGUCCUCGGCCGUUCGUCCGAAACCGAGAAGCUGUACGACAUGUCCGAGUCCAGCAUGGACGAGAUUGGUGACUUCUCUCCUGCUGAGACCACCGGCUUCAUUACCGUCUCUGCUAUCCGUCUCAAGAAGUACGGCCAGAUGAAGGCCGCUGCUGGUGAGAGGCUGUAAAGUCAGACUUUUGAUCAUGUGUUCUAUAUAAGAUGAGCAUUUAAUGUGUAACGCAAUAAAAAGCAUAUAUGUUUGGUAGCAUUCAAGUGUCUUUUGACAUUAGACUGGAAUUCGGUGCUGUGAAUCCGUAUAUUUAGAUUAUAAUACAAUGCUCGCUUGUAAAAAAAAUGCCUCCCGGUGCAUCCUGGAAUCACUGCCUGCCUUCACAGGUACGCGCUCAACUUGGACUCAUC